AUGGGGAGCAUUCGCCCAAAAAUUUUUGUUCCACUACUUCAUGUGGGGACUCCACAGAGGAUCGCCCUUUCCCAACAAGCCUUCCCCGGAGUCCUCCCUUAUCAGCUGGUUACCGCCGCCGCCCACCUCCACCAGGACCUCACUUCUCUCCACCCUCACCCUCUCAUUCUCCGCUGGGUCCCCGAUCCUCCCUCCCGCUCCCAAGUCGACAUUGUUUUCCGAUUCGUGACUCGCCACCGUGAAAAUAACCGGAGCUACGGAGAACCGAUUGUCCUCGGCUCCCCUAAGUUCAAUGAAUGGGCUCAUGUGUUGUUUACCGAUGCCUUUGUGGGAAACGCCGGAAAGGCAGUGAUGAAGCAAGUGCCGGUAGGUGUUUUAGGUAUAGCGGGGAUUGGCGCGGCGACGAGGACGGGGAAAGAUGUUGUGGGGCGGCGAGGACGGGGAAAGAGAUUGUUGAGGCUGCGAUUUGUGUGUCGCGCUUGGUGUCGCCGCUUCAGUUUACCUUAG